AUCGAAUGUACGCUGAAAUCAAUGGCCGUAAAAUGCGUUUCCUACGGACACUUCCCUGGUGAUUUGAGUUUCCCGCUUUCUUUGUUAUAGUUAAUGAAACACAGGGCCUAUUCUGGGUUUAUAUAUAAUCCACUUACGCUUGCGGGCUGGUUGUGUUUGUGAAGAAGGCUACAACAUAGGAUUCAGGCUCAGAUAAUACCCAGCGAAGCCUCAGGGUUUUUGAUACAUACGGUGCGGUGCGUUCAAUCUCGUAUUACCAUGUCGAAAGACCCGAACCGCGCUCUGUCACCGCGGUACAACGGUAUACCUCUCCGAUACGAAGACAGCAAACCAGUUCAAGUUCAAGAAUAUGCACAUACAACAAUAGUUCGUAUUGGAGACACCAUACACAAAGAUUUGUUGGAUGAAUUGGAAAAUGAUAAAAAGCAGACCAUAGAGGCUGCCAAAGCUGCUGUCUGGCAAGAAGCUGAACAGAUAAAGGCUGAUGCUCUUGAGAAAUCUAGGCAAUAUGCUAAAAUUGACAGGGAAAAAGCUAUCAACAAUUUGAAGAAAGUCCAUGAAAAAGCAUUAAAAGAAGAAGCUUUGAGAGUAGAAGGUGAAAUGCAAAAGCUCACAAUAGAUCAGGUGACUGCUGAACGCGAGAUGGGAGAGAAGAAGGUAACACAGGCUAUUGCCAAAACGAAAAAUGAAGGCGUCUUGGCCAAAACAAAAGCAGUUCGUGAAGCGAGGUGUGAAGAGAAAAAGAUAGCCAAGGAUGCAGCCGAAAUUCUAGCAAAACAAGUUGCACAACGCGAGGAAGAAACUGCAAAGCGAGUAGCAGAAGAGAAGCAGAAAGCUUUAAAAGAACUUCAAGAUAAACUUGUGAGAGAGAAGGAACGUGCAGUGUCUGAAACCAUGAAUAGGGAAAGAAAGGUUGCUGCAGCUGAAGUGGCAUCCAUAAAGGCUGCUCAUUCGCAACAAGUUAACUAUUUAGAAUACCAAAUAAGGACUCAUUACAUUAACCACCAGGAAGCUUUAAAAGAAAUCACGCGACUUGAAAAAGAGAAAGCUCAGUUGCAAGAAGAAUACACAGAACUGAAACAAGAGUUUCAGAGUUUUAUUAACAAGUCCUCUGGAUUUGAAGAAGGACAGGCAGAUUUUCUUCUUGCUUAG